UAUAUCAAAUACUGUAAUUAAGAAAAUACUAAUUACUUCACAGUGUGAAUACACAACGUGGGAAAAAUAUUUCCCACAUUUUAUAACAAGAAAAUUGCAACAUGAAAGACUACAAAUUCCCCCAAAUCACACAAGAAUUCAGUAGAAGAGCUAGAAAAUACAUUCAGCUAUUCUGUACUUUAACACAUUUUAAAUACAGAGGCCAUCCAUGUUUCCUGACCUUUAUCUUGAUCUACGUAGAUUGUACAUAGGAAAGUAAAAUCAAUUAAGGUCUAAUAUUAGUUGUACAUGAAAAUAUUUUCUUUUCAGUUAAAUGUGAUUGGAUUUGGAUACAUUCAGGUGAAGAUUCAUGCCUUCUGAAUUCUUUAUUUUCACCACUGUUUUUAAUGGCUCAGCAACCUCACUUUUGCUUAAGAGUUAGUUUACUCAAGCUGUUGAGUAAAUACAUUUCUCAAGAAUUGAUUUCUGCUCUCCCACCCCUCCCCCCCUCCAAAUAAAUAUUGUUUUCUUUACUUGACACAUCACAACAGAUUUGUUUACAUCCUGUCUGGAUUCCUCUUAUUUGGGAAGGGAAGAAUAUUUACAAAGACUGGAGAAGGAAGAAAAUCUUUUGCAGUCUUACUGGUCACUUCUAUAUACCUAUACUGUAGAAUCAAACAAAUGUAAACUAAUAAUAUUUAUUGCUUUUCCACUUUGAACAGGAGGGGGGAGGAGGAGGGCAGAGUAUGGACCACUAGAAUAAGCCAUAGAGGGAUGAAAAUACACUAGCUCAGAAGUACUUCAGCACACUGCAUAACCAAACUACUCACAUUUCUUCAAAUAAAUAUUAAUUGCAUUAUAAUGACCUUUUAAAAAUAUCUUUUAAGGCACAUUACAACAUGAGUAAGGAAACUGACUCAAAUUCUUCAUUUGAAUGGCCUCAUCUGCUGAAUUAUAACGGGACAUACAAGUACCUCUACUUAGAAGGCAAUGUCUCCUACGUGGACUUCUACCAUCAUCAGCCUUCAGUGGCAGCUGUCUUCAUUGUCUCUUACCUCCUCAUCUUCCUGCUCUGUAUGGUUGGCAAUGGAGUAGUCUGCUAUAUUGUUCUGAGGAGCAAGCAUAUGCGAACAGUCACAAAUCUUUUCAUCUUGAACCUGGCUGUCAGCGAUUUACUGGUGGGAAUCUUCUGCAUGCCCACCACCCUCCUGGACAACAUCAUUGCAGGAUGGCCAUUUGGGAGCAUGGUUUGCAAGAUGAGUGGGAUGGUCCAAGGAAUCUCUGUCUCUGCCUCCAUCUUCACUCUGGUUGCAAUUGCUGUAGACAGGUUUCGAUGCAUCGUUUAUCCAUUUAAGCAGAAGUUGACCACCUCAACUGCUAUCAUCAUUAUAACAGUCAUCUGGAUUCUGGCUGUUGCAAUCAUGUGUCCUUCAGCAGUCAUGCUGCAGGUACAAGAAGAGAAGCAUAUAAGAGUAAUCCUUGGCUACGGCAAUGAAACCCGCCCUGUAUAUUGGUGCCGGGAGAACUGGCCUAACCCAGGAAUGAGAAAGAUCUAUACAACAGUUCUGUUUGCCAAUAUCUACCUUGCUCCCUUGUCACUCAUUGUUAUUAUGUAUGCUAGGAUAGGCAUUGCUCUCUUCAGUACAGCAGUACCUACAGUGGGAAAGCACAGCCAGGAGCAGAGACACACUGUGUCUAAAAAGAAACAAAAAGUCAUCAAAAUGCUCAUUAUUGUGGCUUUGCUUUUCACCCUGUCCUGGCUUCCACUGUGGACUCUAAUGAUGCUCUCAGACUAUGCCAACCUGUCAGAUAUCCAGCUGCAGAUCAUCAACAUUUAUAUCUACCCUUUUGCCCACUGGCUGGCCUUUUUCAACAGCAGCAUCAACCCCAUUAUCUAUGGUUUCUUUAACGAAAACUUUCGCAGAGGCUUUCAGGCAGCCUUUAAACUUCAGCUCUGCUCUAAGGACAUCAUUCAUAGGGAGGUCUACUCUCAGCGAGUCCAAAGCAAUGCCAUUUUGCCAGUUGCCAACUACCAAACACCCCAGGAUCAAGCUUGUCAAAAUGUCAAGGCAGAGAGAAAGCUAAUUAGGAAAGGAAAUUGGAUGAAUAACCAGCAGGAUUUGAUGAUGGAAGAUCUUGAAGAGCCUUACAACAACAAGAUGAAGUAAAACAUGUUAUGUACUCUCUGA